GUUGCGCGUCCAGCUCGACGCGGCGCCUGCAGGCUACGUGCGGGCUGACAUGAGCGGGCUUUGGUGACGGAAAAAAGUUCGGUGCUGUGUUCUAAACACGAGCAGCCUCCCGCUGGAGCCGGUGGAGGUGGCGACGAUGCUGCCGCGCAGUGUGUGCCUGCUCCUUCUGCUCCCGGCGCUCCUGGACGCCCAGUACGAGAAGUACAGCUUCAGGAGUUUCCCCCAGCAGGACAUCAUGCCGCUGGACUCCGCGUACGGCUACGCGAUGGAGCAGUACGCGGCGCAGAACUGGAAGGAGAGCGUCAAGUACCUGGAGCUCAGCCUGCGGCUCCGGCGGCUGCUGCGGGACAGCGAGGCGUUCUGCGGCCGCAACUGCAGCGCCGCGAGCCGCGGCGGCGACGACGCCGCGUUCGCCGACGGCAGCCUCCGCGUCAUGCGCCACGUCCUGCAGAGAGCCGCGUGCCUCAAGCAGUGCAAGGCGGAUUUUCCCGUGUUUAACCUCGCGUACCCUCGACGGGAUUUACUAGAAACCUUCGACAGGAGGACCCCGUAUCGGUACUUACAGUACGCGUACUACCAGCUAAACAACGUGGAGAAGGCUGUGGCAGCGGCUCACACCUUCCUGAAGAAGAACCCGAAGGACCCUCACUUAACCAAGAACAUGAACUACUACAAGACGCUGUUUGACGUGGAGGAGUACCUGGUGGACCACGAGGAGCAGCCGUACGAGAGCGUGUUCCUGAAGAGCGUGACGCUCUACAACAGCGGGGACUUCAGCGGCAGUGCCCGGCACAUGGAGCAGGCCAUCGCGCAGUACUUCGACGUGUACGACCUCUGCUUGUCCGGCUGCGAGGGCUCCUAUGAGAUCCUGGAGUUCAAAGACUUCUACCCCACGCUGGCAGAUCUCUACGCGGACGUGCUGCGGUGCCAGGUCGGCUGCGAGGAUCAGCUGACGCCCAGCGUCGGCGGCUUCGUCGUGGAGAAGUUCGUCGCCACCAUGUACCACUACCUGCAGUUCUCCUACUACAAACUGAACGACGUGAAGAACGCCGCGCCGUGCGCUGCCAGCUACAUGCUGUUCGACCCCCAGGACCAGGUGAUGCAGCAGAACGUGGCCUACUACCGCUUCUACCGGGAGCAGUGGGGCCUCCGGGACGGCGACUUCCAGCCCCGCGCCGAGGCGCGGAGGUAUUUCACCCAGACGACCAAACAGAAGGAGAUGCUGGAGUUCGCGAUGAACUACCUGCAAACGGACGACGAGGACGUGAUCAGUGCAGAGGAUUUGUCCAGCUCCCGCCCCGAGCAUCCGGACGCGGAGUUCGAGGGGAUGGGCGACUACGAGGAGUCCUUCCUGGCCGAGUGGUGGCAGGAGCCCAAGUCCAAGUGGGACACGGGAGAGGUGGCGGAUUGAGCGCCGCCCCCUCGCACCGCGAGCAGAAGCCUCGUGCUCCGUCCGGUCCCGCGUCUCGCGACAGCACAGCCAGGACGGACAGACGCACCGGUGACCCCGAAAAGCUCCGACGUCCAGACUGAAGGACGGAGGCACAAACUGACAAACUGAUCCGUCGCGCUGAAAGAGAUCGGAGAUCAUCGCGUUGUGUUCCGGCUGUCGUUACCAAAACGUUUUAUUUAAGAGCUCCUCUGUUUUAUUUACCGUCGACUACAUGUCGACCACAGACUGGGCUGUUGUUAAAAUGGUUUUCUGUUAAUUAAAAUAAUAUUUUGUUAUAUUUAUAUUUUUUUCUAACUUCAAAUCAGAAAAAAACAAUAAACAAUCAGAACGUCA